UCAGUUUAAUGGAGAUCAAUUUCAAGUGACACCAAAAGUAAAAACAGACUUUGAAAAGUAUGGAUAUAUCGUAAUCAGAAAUGUCUUAGAUGCAACAGAAGUAGAGAAAGUUAUAAAUGAGUUUGAAGAUCCAUCUACUGCAGAGCUUUUAAAUAAUAAUAAAGUGCAGGUUUCUGAUUGUCAAGGUCGUGAAGCAAAAUUGACCAUAUGGGGACAUCCGGGUAACGACGUCAUUGGAAUGGUCAGUAGAUCGGAAAAAGUAGCCGGGACAUGCGAACAGUUACUUGGAGACGAAGUGUACCACUAUCAUGGAAAGUUGGUUACCAAAGAGCCUUUUACAGGAGGAGCUCAUUUGUGGCAUCAAGAUUAUGGAUAUUGGUAUCAAAAUGAGUUUUUGGAGCCAAAUAUGAUGACAGUAUUUAUAGCCUUAGAUAAAUGUGAGAAAACAAACGGAUGUUUACAGAUAAUAGAAGGCUCCCACAAAUGCGGACGUCUAGAUCACAAAUUAGAAGGGCAAUUGACUGUCACUGACUCGUCAAGACUUGAUAAAAUAAUGGCCCGUUUUCCGAUGAAAUACUGCUUACUCAAUCCAGGAGACGCUCUAUUUUUUCAUUGCAAUUUAUUGCACUGUAGUGGACAGAAUAGCAGUGCAAACAGACGAUGGGCUUUAUUGACAGCAUACAACACGGUGUCUAACCAAUCAUGUAAACCACAUCAUCAUCCACAAUAUCAACGCUUGGAGAAAGUACAAAACACUGCAAUAAAGGCAUGUGAGAAAUUUACAGAUUUUACGGAUAAAAGGAUCCUGGUUCCGAAAACACUUGAUUCUAAACAAGUCAUUCCCAAAACACCAACAUAG